GGCACAAGACAGGGAUGCCCUCUCUCACCACUCCUAUUCAACAUAGUGUUGGAAGUUCUGGCCAGGGCAAUUAGGCAGGAGAAAGAAAUAAAGGGUAUUCAAUUAGGAAAAGAGGAAGUCAAGUUGUCCCUGUUUGCAGAUGACAUGAUUGUAUAUUUAGAAAACCCCAUUGUCUCAGCCCAAAAUCUCCUUAAGCUGAUAAGCAACUUCAGCAAAGUCUCAGGAUACAAAAUCAAUGUGCAAAAAUCACAAGCAUUCCUAUACACCAAUAACAGACAAACAGAGAGAAAAAUCUGAGUGAACUCCCAUUCACAAUGGCUUCAAAGAGAAUAAAAUACCUAGGAAUCUAACUUACAAGGGACGUGAAGGACCUCUUCAAGGAGAACUACAAACCAUUGCUCAAUGAAAUAAAAGAGGACACAAACAAAUGGAAGAACAUUCCAUGUUCAUGGAUAGGAAGAAUCAAUAUCGUGAAAAUGGCCAUACUGCCCAAGAUAAUUUAUAGAUUCAAUGCCAUCCCCAUCAAGCUACCAAUGACUUUCUUCACAGAAUUGGAAAAAACUAAAGUUCAUAUGGAACCAAAAAAGAGCUCGCAUUGCCAAGACAAUCCUAAGCAAAAAGAACAAAGUUGGAGACAUCACGCUACCUGACUUCAAACUAUAUUACAAGGCUACAGUAACCAAAACAGCAUGGUACUGGUACCAAAACAGAGAAAUAGACCAAUGGAACAGAACACAGUCCUCAGAAAUAAUACCACACAGCUACAACCAUCUGAUCUUUGACAAACCUGACAAAAACAAGAAAUGGGGAAAGGAUUCUCUAUUUAAUAAAUGGUGCUGGGAAAACUGGCUAGCCAUAUGUAGAAAGCUGAAACUGGAUCCCUUCCUUACACCUUAUACAAAAAUUAAUUCAAGAUAGAUUAAAGACUUAAAUGUUAGACCUAAAACCAUAAAAACCCUAGAAGAAAAUGUAGGCAAUACCAUUCAGGACCUAGGCAUGGGCAAGGACUUCAUGUCUAAAACACCAAAAGCAAUGGCAACAAAAGCCAAAAUUGACAAAUGGGAUCUAAUUGAACUAAAGAGCUUCUGCACAGCAAAAGGAACUACCAUCAGAGUGAACAGGCAACCUACAGAAUGGGAGAAAAUUUUUGCAACCUACCCAUCUGAUAAAGGGCUAAUAUCCAGAAUCUACAAAGAACUUAAACAAAUUUACAAGAAAAAAUCAAACGACCCCAUCAAAAAGUGGGCAAAGGAUAUGAACAGACACUUCUCAAAAGAAGACAUUUAUGCAGCCAACAGACACAUGAAAAAAUGCUCAUCAUCACUGGUCAUCAGAGAAAUGUAAAUCAAAACCACAGUGAGAUACCAUUUCACACCAGUUAGAAUGGCCAUCAUUAAAAAGUCAGGAAACAACAGGUGCUGGAGAGGAUGUGGAGAAACAGGAACACUUUUACAUUGUUGGUGGGACUGUAAACGAGUUCAACCACUGUGGAAGACAGUGUGGCUAUUCCUCAAGGAUCUAGAACUAGAAAUACCAUUUGACCCAGCCAUCCCAUUACUGGGUAUAUACCCAAAGGAUUAUAAAUCAUGCUGCUAUAACGACAUAUGCACAUGUAUGUUUAUUGUGGCACUAUUCACGAUAGCAAAGACUUGGAACCAACCCAAAUGCCCAUCAAUGAUAGACUGGAUUAAGCAAAUGUGGCACAUAUACACCAUAGAAUACUAUGCAGCCAUAAAAAAUGAUGAGUUCAUGUCCUUUGUAGGGACAUGGAUGAAGCUGGAAACCAUCAUUCUCAGCAAACUAUCGCAAGGACAGAAAACCAAACACCGCAUGUUCUCACUCAUAGGUGGGAAUUGAACAAUGAGAACACUUGGACACAGGAAGGGGAACAUCACACACCGGGGCCUGUUGUGGGGUGGGGGGAGAGGGGAGGGAUAGCAUUAGGAGAUAGACCUAAUGUAAAUGAUGAGUUAAUGGGUGCAGCACAGCAACAUGGCACAUGUAUACAUAUGUAACAAAACUGUACGUUGUGCACAUGUACCCUAGAACUUAAAGUAUAAUAAUAAUAAAAAAAAAAUAUCCUUGAUGGAGCAGCCUAAGCUGCUGCUCUGCCUAUGGAGUAGCCAUUUGUUAUUCCUUUACUUUCCUCAUAAACUUGGUUUUCACUUAAAAGAAAAAUAAGUGGCCAGGCGUGGCGGCUCACUCCUGUAAUCCCAGCACUUUGGGAGGCUGAGGCGGGCAGAUCACCUGAGGUCUGGAGUUCAAGACCAGCAUGAUCAACACAGUAAAACCCUGUCUCUACUAAAAAUACAAAAUUAGCCCGGCAUGGUUGCACGCAGCCUGUAGUCCCAGCUACUCGGGGGGCUGAGGCAGAAGAAUUGCUUGAAUCCAGGAGGCGGAGGUCACAGUGAGCCCAGAUCACGCCACUACUCUCCAGCCUGGGCGGCAGAGCGAGACUCCAUCUCAAAAAAAACAAAACAAAGGAAAAUGCCACUAAAUUUGUGGUUAUUAGUUCCACAGUGAUAGAAAAUGGAUAUAGCAAAAAAUACCAUGUUUUUAUUUCAUUUAAAUCAAAUCUUAUACAAUGCUGAAUCCUCAUACUGCAGGCCUGGCAGGAUGUUCAAUCCCUUACAUUAUUGAGGCCCUUUCAUCUACCAGUAACAGGAUCUCCUUUCCCCACAACACCAGGCGUGGACCUAAGAUUGUCCUCAGUCUUUACUACCCAAACUCCUCUGAGGCAAAGGAGCAUAAAAGUCUGGUUUUCUAUCUGAAGUUGGGAGAUAAACAAAACAUACAUUAACACCUCAAUACAUGAUCUUGACACUGGUAAGUUGGCUGUAUCCCAUAAAGGAUAUUUUACUUCCCUUUCUGGUGUCUUGGCACUUCCCAGAAGCUGAGUCACUGAUGGUCUGAUACCUGGGUCUGCCCCAAGGUGGUAACCUCACCUGCAUGUUUCCUCAGGCUUCUGAAGGUCAUUGUUCACAAACCUGGAUAUUGGGUGAAUUUCUUGCUUCCUAUAGAGGAAAAUCGCUCUCCUUUCUCAGCUCUGCGUCCUGCCUGGAUGGAAGCUUUCUUUGAUUUUGGUCAACCUCUGAGACAAUGGACUUGUAGGGGAUUUUCUUCAUAAGGAGCGGAGAUGGAGCAGGAGAGCACUUAGGUCUUUGGCAAUAUUCUAUGCAAGAGAUGAUGGGGGCUUGAACCAAGGCAGAAGUAGUAGGUGAGAUAAAUGUUUGGAUUUUGAAUACUUUGAAGGGUAAAGCCAACAAUCUGAUAAGGGGUGUUAAAAAGGACGCCCCAAAUAAGUAGGCUCACGUCAACCUAAAAGGAAGGAGCAGAGGGUUUAUUUGGGCCAACGUUGAGGACUGUAGCCUAGGAUGUACUUCCAGGUUGCUGUGGAGAGUGCUCUGGAGAACAAAACGGGCUGGAGUUUUUAAAGAAAAGAGAACGAAUCAGCAGAGGGGGGCAUUACAAAAGCUAUGUCUCAGGAAGUGUCAUUUACUUACAGAAAUAACAUUGGCUAGUGAUUGGCUAUACAUAUUGUUGAACUAUAGGGUAUACGGCAUUUUACAGCUACUUGGUGUCAGUCUAGGGCCUGCAUAGCAAGUGGCUUCAAGAGGUAAUUAUUUAGCUCAAGGGAGAGUAAGACAUGACUGCUCGCAUUCCUUAGAUAAAAAGUUUUUUUUUUUUCCUUAUCAUCUGUCUUCUAACACCACACAACUGGGAGUCUCAAGGGACCUUACAGGACUUGAGCACAUUUCACCUCUUGAAAUUAAAGAUGAGCAGCUUCCUUUCGUUUAAAGAUAAGUCACAUGAGAAUUUAAUUUUGGCAGUUAAAGAAUUGGUUCCCCAACCUAAAUCUGCAGCCAAGAUGAAUUUUCUGAUUCAUCUCCUUUCCUACAGUUUCUGUGUUUUGUUUAUCCUCCAAUUCCAAAUGGCAUAAUUGCUAGUUCUUUCUCCCACUCUACGUCCAUCACCAGGUGGGUGUUUCAGCCUUUUUCUAUCCCUCACACAGGACGCUCCAAAGGAAAAGAGAGGUGCUGUUUCCGGGGGGAAAGAAUGUAGGAUAGUUGAAAACAACAGCACGGUAUUUUAUUCACAAACUUGAUUUUAAGAUGACUGAAAAAUCUAAUAUGAAAUAAACACUUUAAGAAAUACAGUAUUUGCUGUUACUCUGUGUUGUCUACUUUGCCUCACAUUUAAUCUAUUACAACCAUAGAGUUACGACAAUUGUGAUUCCUAAAUUUAAUUCACAUGAUUGAUGAAAACCAAGCUUAAUUGUUUAAAUGUUGUGUAUUGCUGGAAGUAACACAAAGCCUUAAUAAAUAAAAGGAAUUCGACACCCAUUUUGGGUAAAUAGCAUUUCUGCCUUCAUUCUAACAUGCAUUUCAUUUUGGCUUUUAAAAAACAACUGCCGUGCUAUAUAACGCCGUAUCCAGUAGUUGUAAAUACCUGGGCAACGUUACCUUUCUAGGGCUUGUUUCCUCAUAGAUAAAACCUAUUGGUACCCGGGGCCAGCUCUCCUAUUGCUUCCUGAUCCGGGACGAUCUAAAAAUCUAAUUUAACAAAUAUCUGAUGUCCAAUGUAAAAUAGCGUGCUUGAUGUCUUAUUAGCACAAGACAUAGAAGAGCAGGAAAUUCACAUAAUGAAAUGGACCAGCUGUGAGUAGUUUCCAGUGGAUAUAACCUCUCCUUUGUUGGCCUUUAAAUAAUAAGUGCAUCAGCUGCUGCACCUGCGAUGCAUGCACGCGUGGAAAUCCUGCAAAUUCUUAAACUGCCAUCCCAAGGCAGAAAAUGCAGAAUUCCAUUUUAUUUUAACUUUUAAAGGGGUUAAAUUCGGGCUUGGUACUCUCGGGGAGGUUUCCCUUACCUCUCCCAAUGACGCUAGUUAACCUCACCAGCACUCCCACACUGCCCUCACUUGCCUACCCGGUUCUAGGUGAACGGUCCCACUGGGCACAGACCAAUGGGCUCGUUCCUUCCCAGCGGCAGGGUGGGACCUCCACCCUGGGCUUCGGAGAACCGCCCCCCGUACGUGGCGUGCGUGCAUGGCGCUACGCGGCGCGGGCCGGUUUCUACAGCGCGUGGCGCCCCCCGGCGGCAGCCAGACUUCAAUGCUCACGGCCUGACCGGAGCGUCCGCCAUGGAGUCGCAGAAAGAGGCGCGAACACUGCAGAAGCCCGUCGCGCGGCCUCCUGGGGCCUCAAGGUCUCAGACGCCGAACGACAAGGAGCGGCGGGAGGGCAGCGCAGUGCCGGCGGCGGCUGCCUUGGGUGCAGAGGCGGACGACGACAGUGCGGACGGGCUGUGGGAGCUGCCGGUGGAGCCGGCCGAGAGGAGGCCCGAGUGCACCCGCUGCAGCCGGCCUCAGAAAGUGUGUUUGUGUCCGUUUCUCCCAGCGCACCCUCUGCAUAUCUCUACCCACUUGUACAUAAUUCAGCAUCCAGCAGAGGAAAACAAAGUGUUGCGUACAGUUCCUCUACUAGCAGCAUGCCUCCCCCAGGACAAGUGUAAAGUAAAGAUUGGUCGUCGCUUCAGUGAAGAAAGAGAUCCUGAACUUUCAACUGUUUGCCGGAAGUCUGGUACAUUAAUAUUAUAUCCAGGGGCUGAAGCUGCUAAUUUGGAAGAAUUUAUAUUAGAUUCUCCUGUUUAUCCUUCUACAAUCAUCAUCAUUGAUGGUACAUGGAGCCAGGCUAAGGAUAUUUUCUAUAAGAACUCCUUGUUCCGACAUCCCAAACAGCAAGAAGACUUCCAUUUGCAAGCCAGGAAGAGAGCUCUCACCAGGACCGUGACCAUGCAGAGUAGAAUCCUGGAUGGCCCUUUUAUUAAGGUUGGGGUGGAGAGUGAUACCGUUAUUGACAAGAAGACUGCAUGAAUUAGGAAGUUCCUCAGAGGACAUGGGCUGUUGUUUUCAGAAGGAUGAUUUAAAAACCAGGAAGAAGUUGAAUCUCUGAAUAGACCAAUAACAGGCUCUGAAAUUGUGGCAAUAAUCAAUAGCUUACCAACCAAAAAGAGUCCAGGACCUGAUGGAUUCAUAGCCGAAUUCUACCAGAGGUACAAGGAGGAGCUGGUACCAUUCCUUCUGAAACUAUUCCAAUCGAUAGAAAAAGAGGGAAUCCUCCCUAACACAUUUUAUGAAGCCAGCAUCGUCCUGAUACCAAAGCCUGGCAGAGACAUAACCAAAAAAGAGAAUUUCAGACCAAUAUCCUUGAUGAACAUUGGUGCAAAAAUCCUCAAUAAAAUACUGGCAAACCGAAUCCAGCAGCACAUCAAAAAGCUUAUACACCAUGAUCAAGUGGGCUUCAUCCCUGAGAUGCAAGGCUGGUUCAACAUACGCAAAUAGAUAAAUGUAAUCCAGCAUAUAAACAGAACCAAAGACAAAAACCACAUGAUUAUCUCAAUAGAUGCAGAAAAGGCCUUUGACAAAAUUCAACAACCCUUCAUGCUAAAAACUCUCAAUAAAUUAGGUAUUGAUGGGACGUAUCUGAAAAUAAUAAGAGCUAUCUAUGACAAACCCACAGCCAAUAUCAUACUGAAUGGGCAAAAACUGGAAGCAUUCCCUUUGAAAACUGGCACAAGACAGGGAUGCCCUCUCUCACCGCUCCUAUUCAACAUAGUGCUGGAAGUUCUGGCCAGGGCAAUCAGGCAGGAGAAGGAAAUAAAGGGUAUUCAAUUAGGAAAAGAGGAAGUCAAAUUGUCCCUGUUUGCAGAUGACAUGAUUGUAUAUCUAGAAAACCCCAUCGUCUCAGCCCAAAAUCUCCUUAAGCUGAUAAGCAACUUCAGCAAAGUCUCAGGAUACAAAAUCAAUGUACAAAAAUCACAAGCAUUCUUGUACACCAAUAACAGACAAACAGAGAGCCAAAUCAUGAGUGAACUCCCAUUCACAAUGGCUUCAAAGAGAAUAAAAUGCCUGGGAAUCCAACUUACAAGGGAUGUGAAGGACCUCUUCAAGGAGAACUACAAACCACUGCUCAAUGAAAUAAAAGAGGAUACAAACAAAUGGAAGAACAUUCCAUGCUCAUGGGUUGGAAGAAUCAAUAUCAUGAAAAUGGCCAUACUGCCCAAGGUAAUUUAUAGAUUCAAUGCCAUCCCCAUCAAGCUACCAAUGACUUUCUUCACAGAAUUGGAAAAAACUACUUUAAAGUUCAUAUGGAACCAAAAAAGAGCCUGCAUUGCCAAGUCAAUCCUAAGCCAAAAGAACAAAGCUGGAGGCAUCACGCUACCUGACUUCAAACUAUACUACAAGGCUAUAGUAACCAAAACAGCAUGGUACUGCUACCACAACAGAGACAUAGAUCAAUGGAACAGAACAGAGCCCUCAGAAAUGAUGCCGCAUAUCUACAACUAUCUGAUCUUUGACAAACCUGACAAAAACAAGAAAUGGGGAAAGGAUUCCCUAUUUAAUAAAUGGUGCUGGGAAAACUGGUUAGCCAUAUGUUGAAAGCUGAAACUGGAUCCCUUCCUUACACCUUAUACAAAAAUUAAUUCAAGAUGGAUUAAAGACUUAAAUGUUAGACCUGAAACCAUUAAAAUCCUACAAGAAAACCUAGGCAAUACCAUUCAGGACAUAGGUGUGGGCAAGGACUUCAUGUCUAAAACACCAAAAGCAAUGGCAACAAAAGCCAAAAUUGACAAAUGGGAUCUAAUUAAACUAAGGAACUUCUGCACAGCAAAAGAAACUACCAUCAGAGUGAACAGGCAACCUACAGAAUGGGAGAAAAUUUUUGCAACCUACUCAUCUGACAAAGGGCUAAUAUCCAGAAUCUACAAUGAAUUCAAACAAAUUUACAAGAAAAAAACAACCCCGUCAAAAAGUGGGCAAAGGACAUGAACAGACACUUCUCAAAAGAAGACAUUUAUGCAGCC